CUGGCCUAGCCGCACAGGCGCACCGGCACCAUGGACUUCGUCAUGAAGCAAGCGCUGGGCGGGGCCACCAAGGACAUGGGGAAGAUGCUGGGGGGCGAGGAGGAGAAGGACCCUGAUGCGCAGAAGAAGGAGGAGGAGAGGCAGGAGGCCCUGCGCCAGCAGGAGGAGGAGCGGAAAGCCAAGCACGCCCGCAUGGAAGCUGAGCGGGAGAAAGUCCGGCAGCAGAUCCGUGACAAGUACGGGCUGAAGAAGAAGGAGGAGAAGGAGGCGGAGGAGAAAGCCGCGCUGGAGCAGCCGUGUGAGGGCAGCUUGACGCGCCCCAAAAAGGCGAUCCCGGCGGGCUGCGGGGACGAGGAGGAGGAAGAGGAGGAGAGCAUCCUGGACACCGUCCUCAAGUACCUGCCCGGCCCGCUGCAGGAUAUGUUCAAGAAGUAA